AUGUCACCAGAUAGCUUGGUUGAAAAGGUAGCCGGAAAAGAUGAAAGCCAUGGCUCCGGCAGCCAGAGAAAUGCGGCGUCAAGGCCUCAAGAACCAGCCCUCAAGUGCCCUAGGUGUGAUUCAUCUAACACAAAGUUCUGCUAUUACAACAACUAUAACCUUUCACAGCCAAGGCAUUUUUGCAAGACUUGUAGAAGGUACUGGACUAAAGGCGGUGCCUUGCGCAAUGUUCCAAUAGGCGGUGGCUGCAAGAAGAACAAGAAGAUGAAGUCUUGUUCUAGGCUUUUUGGGGAUUCAAAGGAUUCUAGUGGAUCAUCUGAUAUUGGUUCAAAGUUGAAUUUUUUUCAGGGUUUUUCACCAGCCAUGGAUUUUCAGCUUGGCGGGCUAAACUUGCCAAGAAUUCACCCUCCAAAUACUGUUCUUUUCAACCAGUUUUCAUCAUCUUUUAGAGGCCUGCCAAAUUCUUCUGGAGAAGGCAUUCAAGGGAUUCAAGAAAUGGGCUCAUCGUUGAAUUUUGAGAGCAAUCUUGCAAAUUCUAUUGAGUCCUUAAGUUCAAUGAACCAAAAGCUGCACUGGAAGUUACAAAGAGAAAGAUUGGCAAUUCUCGAACCUAAUCAGAUUCAGAGUCCCCAGCCCAUUUUGUCCCAGAAUUUGGAAAUUUCAAAACCAGAAGCUUGUGGAAUUGGAAGUUCAAUAAAGGAGGGGACUGAGACUCCAAUUGGAAACUUAUCGACCGAAUGGUAUUUUGACAGCACUUAUGCACAAGGUACUACUAGAACUCCUCCGGCUUCCAACAGUACUAGCAAUACAAUUGAAAGCAAUACCAGCAACUGGAAUGGAAUGGUAUGGAGCAAUUUGAAUCAGUACAGUGCACUUCCAUAG